UUACAUUUCAGAUCUUUUCUGGGACAAUCUCGCACUACCUCGUUUUAUUUUCUGGAUAGCAUUCUUCCAGAAAGUUUGAUCUGAGUUUUGUUAAGGUGGUUGUACACCCGCCUCCCUGCACCUUACUGAGAAACGGAGAGCCACACCUGUUAGCAACUGGAGUUGAUAGCAACCCUGCCUUUGCCCGCCCGAACUUCCUUCCUUGCCAUUCAGACAAUAUUCUUUGGCUCCUUCUUGGAUUUUGCUCCGUACAGGCAAAACUUCAUCCUCACUGCUAGGACUCCCAUGGCCAAAGGUCUUGAAUACAGCGACCUCGGCACAUUCCGUGAGCAAGUUCAGUGCCUCACCAAUGAAAAUGUUCAGCUGCAAGAUCGAAAUGAAAAGCUCUACAGCAAAGUGGGAGAAUUGCAGGAGAGGCUGGGGCAACUGGCUAUCUCCAAGGCGGACCUGUCCUCCAGGCUGAUCCGCAGUGAAGAGGAGAAGCUCAAGAUUUCCAAAGACUUUGUCGAUUUCCAGAUUGAAACUAAUAAAAAGAGAGAACAACAUGAAGAGGAGAACUUUGAACUGAAGAAUCUGAUCCUGGACUUGGAGAAUCGUAUUCUGGAGAUUGAGCUCCAUGAUGAAAGGACCACUGGCGAACGUGAUGCUUUGCAGGAACACCUGCACACCUUGGAGAAUGACCACAAGGAGCUGGGAAAUGAGUACCUUGCUUUGAAGAGCAACUACCUUGUAUUGGACAAGGAGCAUGAACAGGAAGUCUCUAAGAAUGAAGAACUGAGCAGGGAGUUACUUAACUUGGUUAAGUCCAAGCAGGAGCAUCUACACCACCUCCAAACCAAGAGCAGGGAGUCCCGGUCUGAAGCUGAAGAACCAUCUGCUGAAGUGAAGCGGGUGCAGACCUUGGUCCAUCGCCUCUCUGCCCGCAAAGUCAAGCCCGAAGAUGUGGCGGUGGCUUCAGACCAAGAACAUCAAAAAUUGGAGAAAAGUUUACUUGGAAACCAAGGUCACAUCACUGAAGAGAUGGAAAAAAUGAGAGAAAUGUACAAUUCCCAGCAACAGAAAUUGGAGGAGAGAAUGAUCACCAUGGGCAAGGAACUGCAGGAGGCCAAGAAAGCAAUUCGGCACACGCAGCAUAAACUGGCAGAAGAGUCGGCGAUAUUGCUGUCCUCCCAAGGCCAUCUUCAAGAGGUUGAGUCCGAGAAUUCCCGGCUACAGUUACAAGUCAAAGAGCUGAACGAGGAAUACCGUACACGCCUCGUCCAGUACAUCACAGAUCUGGCGGAAUACACCGAUAGUACAUCAUCAACGGCUAAAAAGGAACCCCCUCAAAUGAAGCGAUUUGUGGACAGCAUGUUGAGAGACAUCCGGGCUGCCUAUAAAUCUCGGGAGGAACAGCUGGUGAGAGCUGCUCGUGGUUACAAGAAGCGCAUGCAGAAUUUGGUUAAGAAGCACGAGGGUCUACUCAUUGCCUAUGGGAUACAACGGGAGCAAAUCCGGUUGCUGGGCUCUCAUGAUCUGGAUCCUGGCCCACCGGAGCACCAUUUCUCCAUCACGGAUGCUGAACUGCUGACCAACACCUCGCAAGAGUUAAAUCGGUUGCGGGAAGACAAAGCCAAUCUGGAGGGACAACUCUAUGAGUUGCAGAUGAAGGUAAAACUGAAUGAAAAAAUGAUCUCUGGAACGUCUUCUCAUGUCCUGCCUCUCCCUGUCCCUACUCUGUUGGAGGGCAAGGGCUGGGCUGAACUCAGGAAGCAGCUACGGGAAUUUACCCACACUACUCAAGUGGAACUGGAAAGGGAGAGAAGUCAGCUGCUGGCCCGGGCGAUGGUAGCAGAAGAGCAGGUUGUUGAACUGCAGGAAUAUGUCGACAAACACCUGGUGAGAUACAAGCAGGAGAUUGUGAGAAUGCGCAAACUCCUAGGAACAGACGGAUCCCAAGCAUUGAGUGCUGGAGCACCUUGAGUUUCUAGUACUUUUGAUGUCCCAAAGGAACCUCAGCAAGGAAAUGUAGUUUUCUUCUCAGAAUAGAGCUAGAAGGGGCCUUGGAGGUCUUCUAAUCCAGCCCCCUGGACAAGCAGGAGACCCUCUACCAUCUCAGAUAAGUGACUGUCCAGUCUCUUCUUAAAAACCUCCAGUGAUGGAGCACCCACAAUUUCUGGUGGCAAGCUGUUCCACUGGUUAAUUGUCCUCACUGUUAGGAAGUUUCUUCUUAAUUCCUGGUUGUUUCUCUCCUUGAUUAGUUUCCAUCCAUUGUUUCUUGUCCUGCCUUCUGGGGCUUUAGAAAAUAUCAGAAUCUUUGCAGAUGUUCUCAAGAGGCCCGAGUAACAACUGGACCCAACAUCUGGUACACAUUCAUUCCCAAGAGAUAGGAGGAAGAAAAAGGCUUGAAGUCUUCCACAGCGGCCAAAGUGGCUUCCUGGGUGAAAUUUAAGCUUCAAAAAUGUGAAUGUUUUGUUCAAUGCUACUCCAAAAUUCCGGAAUGUUUAUAAAGAGCUUUUGGAUAGAAUACUGUAUAUUAUGAAGACUUUUGGAUAGAAUACUGUAAUCUAUAUGUAUGUAUGUAUGUAUGUAUGUAUGUAUGUAUGUAUGUAUAUAUAUAUAUAUUUGUUUUCUGAGGUUUUCGCGGGUGUUUGUAUGUAGAUCUUUGGAUAUUUGGGUUUUCUCCCGCGUAAAGUUGGAAGUGUCUUGGCGACAUUUCGACGAAGUCUCAUUCGUCAUCUUCAGGCUUCAGCUUCGUGCUUCUGGGAGCAAUUGCACACACACACACAUAUACAUACACCCACACACAUAUAUACAGUGUGUGUGUAUAAGAGGUGAUUAUGCAUUCUUGGAAGGACAUCCUGCAUAACUUAAACAAAAUCUGUCCACACUGAUUUUAGUCUCAGUUCACUUACUUUCAGAUACUGUACUGUAUUACUCUAUUUCAGUUUUUUCUUCAUCUCCCCCCCCCUCCCCCCCUUUCUCUCUUUUCUCUUCAUUUUAGAUCUACCGUUUAGCUUUCUUCCAGCAUACAUUAUAUAGUAUCGGCAGUAUUGAGUAGCGUAGCUUGACAUUUCUAAAUACUGUAUUCGAUGGGUAUCACCAGUACAAUUUAAGUAAAAAGCGGGGCUGGCCUGAUUGAUUUUAAAUAUUGUGGGUUUUUAGUGGGCUUUUAACAGGGGUUUUUAUCUUUCUGUAAUUUUCUUAUUUAACUAUUUUUAACAUACGGCGUUUAAAUUAGAUUUUUAAAUUUGGUACUGUAUUUUAAAAUUUUUCUGGAUUAUUGUUGUUUUAUCUGCUGUACACCGCCCUGAGUCUUCGGAGAAGGGCGGUAUAAAAAUGUAAAUAAUAAAUAAAUAAUUAAAUAAAUAAAUAAACAGCUAACAUCAAAAACAUCAUCAAAAAAGGACAACAAAGAAUGUUCUUUCUGCGCCAACUCAGUAAGCUCAAACUGCCCAAGGAGCUGCUGAUUCAGUUCUACAGAGGAAUUAUUGAGUCUGUCAUUUGCACCUCUAUAGCUGUCUGGUUCGG